AUGCAGUACAACGGAUUCCACAACCAGCAUCCGAUACCUCGACCAGACCGGAAUGAACAAUUCGGUAAAGUACCGUUUUUUAAUGGAAUGGAUUUUGGAGGGCCUAAAAAUUUUGGACCUAGGAACAUGGGAAACAAACCCAAUUUUCGGCCCAGAAAUGACUUUAAUGGAAUGAGAAAUGAAUACCACAAAAAUGAAAAUGUUGGCAACCCAGGUGAUUUUGGUGGUCCAAAAGAUUUUAAUAAGAUGAAGAACAAUUAUAACAACCAACCUUUAAAGAAAAAUGAUUAUGACGCUGAUAAAGCUGCAGGUGGAAAUAUGCAGUUUUAUGCCAAUGGAAAAAAUGAUUUUGGGGGACCAAAACAAGGCUUUCCCAAAAACAACUUUGGCCCUAAAAAUUUCAACAAUCAAAAUGGUCAGCAAAGUUUUGGACCUAAAAAGGUUUUCAAUCCCAACAACAUGAACCAACAAAUAGAUUUUAAUGGCAAGCAACGGGGUAAGAAGACUAAGCAUCCUGGAGACAGCUUGGUGAAACCUAUGUGGGAUUUAUCCCAGCUUGAGCCAAUUCAGAAGGAUUUCUAUAAGCCUCAUGUCAAUGUAGAAGGUCGUUCAGAUGAUGAUGUCCAAAAGUUCCGCGUUUCUAAGGAAAUCACUGUCAGUGGUAACAACAUUCCACGCCCUAAUCAAAUUUUUGAUGAAGGUAACUUCCCUGAUCAUAUAUUGAACACAAUCAAGGAACAAGGCUGGGCUGAACCCACUGGUAUACAAGCUCAGGGUUGGCCAAUUGCUUUGUCUGGCCGUGAUAUGGUUGGCAUUGCUUCAACUGGAUCUGGUAAAACACUUGCGUACAUGCUACCUGCUGCUGUUCAUAUUGUGCAUCAACAACGUAUUCAGCGGGGUGAUGGCCCUAUUGCUCUUAUUCUUGCCCCUACCAGGGAAUUAGCUCAGCAAAUUCAAUCUGUUGCUCAAAGUUACAGUGCACAGGGUUGCAUUAGAAACACAUGCCUCUUUGGAGGAUCGCCCAAGGGGCCCCAAGCUAGAGAUUUGGAACGAGGAGUUGAAAUUGUAAUUGCUACACCUGGCCGAUUGAUUGAUUUCUUGGAACGUGGUACAACAAAUUUGCGUCGAUGCACUUAUUUAGUUCUGGAUGAAGCCGACAGAAUGCUGGAUAUGGGUUUUGAACCACAAAUUCGUAAAAUUAUUGAACAGAUUCGUCCAGAUCGCCAAGUCUUAAUGUGGUCAGCUACAUGGCCCAAAGAAAUACAAGCUCUUGCUGAAGAUUUCCUUAAUGAUUAUGUCAAAGUAAACAUUGGUUCAUUGAAUCUGUCUGCUAACAAUAACAUCAAGCAAAUAAUUGAAGUUUGUGAAGAACAUGAAAAAGAAAUGAAGUUGACCAACUUGUUAAAAGAGAUUUCUCAAGAAAGAGAAAACAAAGUCAUUGUUUUUGUUGAAACUAAGAAGAAGGUGGACGAUAUUGCUCGUGCGGUACGUCGCAAGGGACAUAAUGCCCUGGCAAUACACGGGGAUAAAUCUCAAAUAGAGCGUGAUGCAGUAUUGACCGAGUUCAGAAAUGGUGCAACUAGUAUACUCAUUGCCACAGAUGUUGCAGCACGUGGUCUUGAUGUUGAGGAUGUUAAGUUUGUCAUCAACUUCGACUACCCCAAUUCCUCAGAAGAUUAUAUUCACAGGAUUGGUCGCACUGGACGUUGCCAACAAUCUGGAACAGCAUACACUUACUUCACUCCUGGUGAUGCCCGUCAAGCUCGUGGUUUACUUGCAGUAUUGCGUGAAACUGGCCAGAACCCACCACCUAAAUUGAGUGAAAUGGCUCGUAGUAACAACAAUAACUCUGGUCGCAAUCGCUGGCAACAACGAAAAGAGAACAACAGUGGUGCGAGUUCACCUCGCCAACAGCAGAAUAACCAGUGGAGCAACAAAAUGGCUAAUACAAACCCUGAAGAAAACCAGAAUACUUACCAAAACCGUGGUGGCAACCCACAAGCUCCUCGAUUCUCAAAUCAAAACCAAGGCAAUCAAGCUUACAGACAGAACAACUACCAACAAAAACAAGUUCCCUUCCCAAGCCCUAAUGUAUUUGAAUCUAUGGGCAACUACCAAGGUGGUUACAAUAAUGGCUACCAGAAUGGAUACAAUGGACAAAACGGAUAUGGUCAACAACGCCCAUAUAAUAAUAUGCGCAAUGGCGGACAACAGUACCGCAAUAACAACGCUGGUAAUAAGACCAAUGGUACAGGCUCGUCGUAUGGAUCGCCACCCCCCCACUUCGCUACGCCACAGCACUACCCCCAGAUGCAUCCUCAUCAUCAGGAGAUGCUAGAUUUUUAUACAACAGGUGGCAAAUUUUACGGUGGAGGCGUUGGAGGUGGCGGACCAUGCGGUUACCAAGCUGCAGUGGGUGUAAGCGGACCUUAUGCACAUCUGCCUCCAGGCCCAUUGCUCUACGCAGCUCCAGUGCAGCAGUAA